AGCGGUUCUUCUAACUCUCGCCGAAUCGUCACAUUCCACAGUUUUAUAAAGCACAUAGAACCAACUGUGCUUGGAAUAUAAACCAAGAGAGAUAUAUUCUACGGAGAAACUAGUGCUAACUGCUUGAAUCCACGAAUAUCCUCAAACUGAGGAGUUCUUAGCGGCGUACGCGUCCAUCUUCUAAUCAUCAUCAAAACACCCGAACCAAGGUCGCGGGCAGUUACUGUCAAAGAUGCUGUCUCUUUUAGGAACAACAAUUUUGGAGAGCUUGAGUAAACGACAAGAGACAGACUUCAACGGGAACCCAGAAGACGAUGGGGUCAGUGAUCCAAGUCAGCAAGAGCAGUACUCCUCUUGGGCUCUGUUCAUCUUGAUUGUGCUCUUGAUCGGAUCGCUUUGGACAAGUUACUAUCUGCAGAUUCGCAAGAUCCAGAGCGUACACGAGACAGUGGUUUCCAUUCUUUCGGGAAUGGUUGUUGGACUGAUCAUCCGUUUUUCGGCGAACCAGUAUAUUCGCGAUGCGGUCUCAUUCAAGUCGUCGUUCUUCUUCAACUUGCUUUUGCCUCCAAUUAUUCUUAACUGUGGUUAUGAGUUACAUCUGGCCAAUUUCUCAAGGAAUAUAGGUACUAUCUUGACUUUUGCAUUUGCUGGUACCUUUGUGUCAGCAGUAGUCUUAGGAUGUAUACUGUACAUAUGGGCAUUCAUCGGCCUGGAAGGUCUAAACAUCCCGUUUGUGACCGCGCUUGGGGUUGGCGCAACACUCUCGGCGACCGAUCCGGUUACGAUUCUAUCGAUCUUCAAUGCCUACCAAGUUGAUCCGAAACUAUACACGAUUAUUUUUGGCGAGAGCAUGUUGAACGAUGCUGUUUCUAUCGUCAUGUUUGAAACGACACAGCAGCUGCACGGUGAGGCAACAGGAAUACGGGGAAUGUUUGCGGGUAUUGGCAUCUUUUUGAUGACAUUCACCAUAUCUUUACUUAUCGGCGCCAUCGUGGGCGUACUGACAGCCAUGGUUCUGCGCUAUUCGAAAGUGAACACCUUCCAAUCGAUCGAGACCUGUCUUAUCAUCCUUUUUGCCUACGGGUCAUACUUUUUCUCAAACGGGUGUCACAUGUCUGGCAUUGUAUCACUGCUUUUCUGCGGUGUCACUUUGAAGCAUUAUGCGUACUUCAACAUGUCGCGACGGUCACAGCUGGCGGUCAAACUCAUAUUCCAGACGCUCGCUCAAUUGUCAGAGAACUUUAUCUUCAUAUACUUGGGUUUGUCGUUGUUCACUGAGGUGACGCUGGUAUAUAAGCCCGUUCUGAUCGUGGUGACUAUGGUCGGUAUCUGUGUUGCUCGAUGGGCAGCCGUUUUCCCGCUCUCAAAGCUGAUUAAUUUUGUAUUGCGAGCGCGAGCGCGUGCUACUGGAGGAGUCCAACCAGAGCAACUGUCGCAAAAAUACCAAAUAAUGCUCUUUUGGGCAGGAUUACGCGGCGCAGUCGGUGUCGCGCUCGCGGUCGGACUGGAAGGCGAAGACGCGGAUGCUCUGCGUGCGACGGUGCUUGUGGUGGUCGUGCUGACGGUUAUAGUCUUUGGCGGUACGACUGCUCGGAUGCUUGAGAUUUUGGGCAUCGCGACCGGCGUGCCACCCGAAGAAGAGGACGACGACGAGUUCCUUGCUAAUCUGGGCCUGGGCCUGCCGAGCUUGCUGUCGCCGAUACCCAGCGGGAAUGUGAGCACUUCGAACAUUGCGCCGCAGGGCCGGAGCGGCUCUGUGAGCGCAAGUGGGAAUGGGAAUGGGAUCGUAGGAUCGGGUGUGAGAGCUACGGAAGACAAUUGACGGGAGAAAUGGUUAACUCAGGGAACAGGAUGGCUCUACAAGGUAGUUGGACCACUGUAGUGCAUCGGAUAACCAGAUGAAGGUCGGACGGCUAGAGAAGCAUGGUAAUUCGGUAUAGAGUGUCUCUCUAGACCCAGGAAUAGAUCCUUGAGCAUAUGAAUGACAUGUUAAUUGGGUUAGGGGCUACUUAAUGAUUGGCGCUCAGGGUCUACCGGUGUUUCGGGGUGCAACCUGAGCCAAGCUCAGUGUAUUGGAUGAUAGCCAGGCGCGAGAGGAAUACAAUUGCACCAGCGAUGCAUUAAAACAACAUGAAAACUCAUAGAAGCAUACAGACAGCAAAUGGUGCAUUCAUCAGCCUAAUCAGCGGUCUGGCUGCAGCAAAGCUCGGUCAAGGUACGUGCAGCAGAGAGCCGCCGACGUAC